UGUUGGAUGUAUCAAUGGAACACACAUUAAGAUUGCAAUGUCAUGACAGCCCAAGGAGAGUCCCAACAGCUAUUACAACAGAAAAUAUUAUUUUUCACCGCAACUGCAAAUUGUAUGCGACCACAAUCUUCGUAUUAUUGACAUGUAUUGUGGAUACCCAGGCUCAAUGCAUGAUGCUAGGGUUUUCAGAAAUUCUUCAGUGUACAAAAGAGUGACAGAGACUGAUAUCAGUGGACAUUUACUUAGUGAUGCAGCUUACCCUUGCCUAAAACAGCUCAUCACUCCUUUUAAAGAUAAUGAUCAUCUAGAAAGAGUCCAUAGAAGGUUCAAUCAACAUCCAUCCAAAUCCCGAGUAUCUGUUAAACAUACAAUUAGGAUUCUGAAACAAAGAUUUAGAUGUCUCUACCGUCUGCGAUUAAGACCAGGUGCUCGAAGGUUGCAAGUUAUUAGAUCUUGUUGUGUAUUACAUAACAUGGUCUUACAAAGAGAUACAGUCCACCUUGAGCUAGCUUUAGAAGUUCAUAACAAUUGCCAAGAUGGAAGUUGUAACGAUGCAGACUUCAUUGAUGAUAUUCACUUUGAUGAAGAUGGACGUGAUAAAAGAAAGAACAUUUUACAAAGAUUUAUGUGA